UGUUCAGAGAAAGAGGGCAUGUGCCAGUGUACACAUGUGACAGAGAGACAGAAUGAGAGAGAGAAAGAGAAAGAAAGAUAGACAAAAGCGAGCGAGAUUGAGUCACUGUCACUUGUGGAGGAAAGUGCUAUAGAGUAGUUAGACCAGCCUCACUGGUCUGGGUGCAUUUAUCUGUCUGUAAGGCCUGUUGAAUGUCAUUCCCAUGCUUCUCCUCCUAGUGAUGACAUGAUCGAAAGAAGGGCAACUUCUCCACCACGAAAAAUAGACACGCGUGACUUCUAGAGAUAGAGAGAAACAAACAGGAGAGUGAGAGAAUUUGAUAGAGGAAAAGGAAGAGAGAGAGAGAGAGAGUGAGUGUAAGAGACAGAAGAGUUUGAGCGGGUUUUAGCGUUGCUGUUUUUUUGACACCGCUGAGUCUACAGAGCGAUGUCGCAACUUUUCUGACAACCCAAGGAGGACUGGAGUGACCAUGCAACAGACAGAGGAAAUAAGGGGAAAGAAUAUGUCAACAAUCCAUCUGGAAAAACUGGUGAAGUAUGACAAUGGAGAACAACUGGAAUGAUAAAGAGAACAAUCCUAACAUGCUUCCUAACAAGACAAGAGACGCCAGGGCACACGCCUGAAACUGAACUAAGACUGAGGACAAACACAAGGAAUAUUCCAGAUUGUUUUCUGUAACUCAAUCUCAAUAGCCACUGGUCUGUCUAAUCCAUAAUCCAUAUACAGCAUAUCAUAUGUAUGUACUGUAUGUUUGUUUGUAUAUACCAUCAUUGGUCUAACCCAGGGGGUCUGAUGUAAGAGUGCUCUCUGUCCUGAAUGUCUCAGCCAAGCCCCUCCGUUGACACCCAGACUCUGCUUCAGUCCAUGCUCCAGAGACUGAGGCUCCAGCCUGGCUCAGAGACCCAGCACGGCAGGCAGGACCAGGCCCCCCACGGCCCCACCACAGCUGCCCAGGGCCAGGGGGAGGAUGGGGGGAGACCUUGGGCUAACGCCAUUGGCAAUGGGGCUCUGGGACUGUCUCCGGCUGAUGAUGUCAAAGCAGCUGAGGGAAAAGGGGGAUGUGAGAAGGCCAGGAAAAGUGAGAUGUGGAGGUUGGACUCCAGGGAGGAGUUUGGGAUACCUGUGAGGGACUGUAAUUUUGGGGGAUCCAUUUGGAAAGGGAAAGGGGAGGAAGGGAGGAAGCAACCCACUGGCAGUCUCCCCAAGUUGGACAGGGGACAGAUGGUGUCAUCCCCUUCGGCUGCUCAGGGUGCCCCUGUCCUCGCCCCCUUACAGGAUGCUGGCAGUGUAAGAGGUGACCCAGGGGGGUCAGUGGGGGCUCUGCCAACAGUGAUGACCUUCACAGGAACUCAAACCGGGAACGAGGGCCACAUUGACGCAUCACCUCUCAGUAACUCAUCUCUAAGCUCCAAGACCAAGGGUGCUCAGAACCAUGACCGGUCGGUUCUAAUGGCGUCAAACUCUGACUUUAUUCCAUUUGACAUGGGGACUCAAAUGGAGAGGUGGCGGACUUUGGGCUAUGGGGGGUCGGAGGUUCCGGGACAUGGAGAUGUCAUGAAGAUUAAGUCACCUGGUCAAAGUGUAGCAGAAAACACCUCGUCAACUAAGUCGAUGAAGAGAUUGACACAGAGGAUAAAGGAGAAAUGGAGGGACAGGCAGGAGAGUUUAGGGAAGAAAAGGAAAGCGGAGGAUGGAGUGAGAGAAGGAAAGAAAGAUGCAAAACAAGUUAAAUUUCAGCUGUUAACCAGAGAUGAUAACGUCACUAAGAUGUCCAAUAAAGAAGGCUAUACGACCACUCAGUCACCAAUCAGAGAGGGCCAGGGGGAAGCCCCUCCCACUCUGUCAGAAGACAGCGGUACAGCGGGUCAGUUCAGAUCCCCAAGUUCCUUUGAGUUCGGCCUUGGGUCCUUUAGCUUGUUGGAGGAGAUCCUCACAGGGCAGGAGUGGGCCAGGUUUCUAAAUCCAUCACAAGUAGACACCUUAGCCAAUCAAACACCAGCUGAAGAGGUCACCAAUCAAUUAGAGACCAGCCAGAGACGGUCACAAGAUCAUGAGAGCGGCCGAUCAACUAUGACCUUGGACAGAGUCAGCCAAUCAGGAAAUGUGAACAGUCAGUGGGACUUCAGACAAAGUGAAUUGGACCAAAGUUAUGAUAGAAGCGCUGAUGUUUCUUCAUCUGUCAAUAUGAAUAUCACAGAACAAAGCCCUGUCCAAGAACAGAACAGUAAAUGUGAACUCAUCCAAUCGGCACCAAAGGAAUACGGUCAUGUCCUAUCACAAACCAGUUCUGAUGAAGUGAGGCCAAAUCAUAUACCUGUGUUAGAGUUCUCCUUCAUUAAGCCAGUGGAGGUCUUGGACAGCUCUGCCCUGAAGAGCAGGGUCCACAUGAACAGAAAAAGAGAGCACCGGUCACAGGAGAGGAAAGAAGAGAGAGAAUGUUUAGAAGGAGAGGGGGGAGAGAGAUUACAAGAGAACUCAGUCCCAUCUGAUGAGGAAGAGAGGGAAGAGGGGGACAACUUCAUGAUGCCUGUCCACCCCCUGAAAUCCUCCCUUUCCCCUCUCCCUCCAUCCUCCCCCUCUUCCUCCUCCACCUCACAUCCCCUUGUCACCCAAAGUAUACUGCGACACUCAGUGUUUCAAGAUUCAGAGUCCUCACUAUCAAUGGAAACAGUGACCAAAAAGAGGCGGAUGUCAAAAUCUCGUCACGUGCGGUUCUCUGAGGAGGUAGUUACCAUGCCGCCCAGCCUCCUGAUCCAGCAGUAUCCUGAUUCAGAGGAGGAUUGUGGAACAGAGGAGGACUCCACGCUAGAGGAGAAUGCAGUGAUGGAGGAAGUUCAAGUUGUGCCGAUGAUGCCACAGCCCGCUGCUGCUCUCCCCGCCUGGAUAUUAGCUCUGAGGAGGAAGACAAGGAAGAAACACAGACACUGAACAAUAACAGGCUCAUCCUUGUCUACCCUUAUUUAACCUAGAAAUGACCUUGAGAAUCUCCUUUGCAAGAGAGACUUGGCAAGAUAGUAAAAAUACUUUGUAAUUACUUUUGCAUCUUUUUUUCAUUCAACUCAAAUGUUUGAUACUGAGUUAUUAAUGCUUUCCAUGGGGAAGGGAAGAGGAAAGGAAACGAGAUUACUUUGAUCAUUCUACAAGCCAACACACAAAAAUAAACUCAUGUCAUCAUUACAUGAUCGCUAUGUUUACGUAUGAAAGUGUUCUAAGUCCAUUAGCAUGGAAUGUCAGGAGACAAUAGUUAUAACGGACCGUUUCUCUCUCUCUCCCUCGCUCCUCAUCAGUCCUUAUUAAUUAACAGUGGUGUAAGGCCAUUAAGAAGCUAUUUUGCUGAUCUAUUAGUGUUGUGAUGGGUCCUUGGUGAGAGGAGGAGUGCCCAGGUUGAGUGUGUGUGAAUGUGUCCGUGCAUAUUGGGUGUGUAUUGCAGAAAAACACAAUACAGCAGGCACGACUCAGUCAAGUCCGAUAAUUGUAUAAUUCCUGGUUACCUUUGCUUUCCACCAGGUUCCAAGAUCAAUAUAGGACCACGACAUCUUUUCUCAUACCCCCAUUGUUAUAGUACAUCACAAAUGGAGCAAGACAGAGAUGGAGAAAGGGAUGAGGCCGGAUAACUGUAACAUAUGAAGUAUACAGACUAUGUACAAAGGUAAUGAGACCAGGGCAAAGCUUUUAUGUGGCGGCAGACUGUGGAACAGCUACAAUAUUGAGAGUAACAGUUUGUUUUUACUAAUGUAUUCAUCCCACUGUACAGAGAUAGUUUGCCCCCAAAGAUCGGAACACAUUUUAAAAACACAUUUUAAAAGUUACUCAGAUUCAAUUGUUACGUCAUUCAGGGCAAGUGGGGCGGAGCCCCAUCUGUUUUGAGCCUCACAUUUUUAGCAAUAAAUAAAUAAAACAUGUAUAUUUGUUUUAAAUUGGUGGGGCUUGCCAUUUUGCAUGUUAUUUUGGCAUUAAUAUGUGUCACAUAUCAGUUUGCAAACUAUGUAAAAAUAUAUAUAUAUAAAUAUCAUUGAGUUAAUAAAGUCGCAUACAC